UGGUGGAGGAGCUGAAGGCUCGCCUCUCUCUGAAGGAGAAACUGUUCCAGGACCUGCUGUCCGACCGUACCGCCAGGCCCAAGAGCACCACACACUGGUUCAGAGACCUGCUCGACACCAUCAGCACCAGGGACCAAUACAUCCAUGACUCAGCAGGUCGUCUGGGUGAGGUGAUGAGUGAGCAGACUGUACGUCUCCAGGAGCUCCGCAGACAGCUAACUUCUGGCUCCCAGGCCUACGCGUCUCAACUAGACCUCCAGGGUCCAGGCCUCCAGGGUCCAGACCUCCAGGGGACCAGCCAGAACUUCCAGGCCCUGCAGGAGGAGCUGCGUCUGGCCCUGAUGAGGGAGAGGGAGGCCCAGGCUGAGAUCACAGCCCUCAGGACGAUGGCAGGCCAGACAGACAGGCCAGUCAACAGGCAGGCAGAGUUUGGAGAAUUCAGCUCAGAGGAAGAGGAUGAUGUCAACAGUGACUAUGCAGACAGCAUGGAGGAAGAGGAGUCCAAACUGACAGCCCAAACCCUAGCCACAAUGCAGAACCCAGAGCUUCAUGGAGGACCUGGGAAAGGGAAGCUAUCCCAGGAUCCUGUGGGAGAGGGCCAGGGGCUGGUGGAGGUGAAACAGCUGGUGCAACAGAAGAGGGUGGUGGAGAGAGAACUGCAGGAGCUAAAGGUUCAGCUGGAAAAGGCUGGCUUCUCCUCCCUGUCCCAGAUGAGGAAAGCCCUCUUCAGCCUACGCAUGGAAAAUAAGGAGCUGAAGUCUCACCAGACAGAGAGACAGCCAGAGACAGACCUUAGGCAUGAACAGAUUCUUCAGGAGGAAGAGGAGGAUGAAGAAGAGGUGGAUGAGGAGGAAGAGGAGGAGGAGCUGUGUGGGUCUGAGCUGUGGGAGUCCUGGGAUGAUGAGUAUCCGUCCCCGGGGAAGUGCUGUGCCCCCAGGCCCACCCUGAGAGACCCUGGCCUGGGGAGGAGACACUGCACUAGGCCUGUAUCUCUGGACCCGGGAGCCAUGCUGUCCCACUCCACACAGGAUGAGGAUGAUGAGGAGGAGGAGGCAGGAAGAGAGGCUGGAGGCAGGCGGAACAGCGCCACAGAGACAGUGAUGGUUGAGCAGGCUGUAUGUCUGCAGCUAGAGAGCAAGGAGCUGAAGGAGAGACUCAUGGUGUCUGAGGCCACAGUGCAGGCCCAGGCUGAACAGCUCAAAGACUAUAGAGACCUACUAACAGAGACAGCAGAGGGUGAAGGAUGA